UAAAAAAUUCUUUAGCUAUGGAUCUUUCUCUAUAAAGUGUCGAAUAUGCUUUUAGGGUUUAUGCGCAUUUAAAUGUCUUGGCCCGCCGUGAGCUCCAAGCGCGGGUUGCGACGCCGCGAGCUCAAGGGAAUCCAUCUCUUCACGAUCGAUGAUGUCUUGAGCACGGCCGAGGCGGAUGCGUUCGUCGCGGCGGCGGAGAAGCUAGGGUUCCAGCACCAUGGAAGCCUUGGCCCCAGCAAGGGAGAGGCAUUCAGGGACAACGAUCGAAUUUCGCUCCACAGCCAGGCCUUGGCCGAUCAGCUCUGGAAUGCGGGCCUAGCGGCGCUGUUUGAUGGCAUUGAAUCGAAUGGAAGGAUCGCCACAGGGCUAAACCCCAACAUCAGAUUCUACAGGUACAACCAAGGCCAGCGGUUUGGUCAGCACGUAGACGAGAGCGUAGAAAUUGAUGCCGAUCAUGCCACCGAGUACACGCUUUUGAUCUACUUAAACUCGGGGAUGGCCAUCAAAUCCAAAAAGGGAGCGCGGGACUCUCAACUUGUUGGCGGAGAAACGGUGUUUUACACUGGCCGAAACAAAGCAAUAGGGGUUGUUCCUGUUUCAGGGAUGGCUUUGCUGCACCUGCAUGGCGAUGAAUGCAUGCUACACGAAGCUAAGACUGUCCGUAGAGGAGUGAAGUAUGUGCUACGAUCGGAUGUAGUCUUCUCCAAGAGAAGAGAAUGAUACAGGUAUCACGUUAUUUUCCAGCUUUGUGCCUUCAAAAUAGCUAAAAUAGCUGGAAUGCUCUCACUGGAACAUUUACCAGUUCCAUGAUUGUAAAAAUUGCGUUUAGCUAGUUCAUUGCAUUUUGAAGAAGAAACAUUCCUUAUAAAAAAGAUUUGUAUUUGAUCA